CUAGCCAUCUAUUUUCCUUCUAAUCUAAUGGCCAUCAUCCCUUUCCACCUCCCUAUAAAAUACCCAAUUAUAGAAACUCUACCCCAAGUUUUUCAAUUCCUAGACCUAGACCAAAAAACCUAGAAGAACACCUAAUCUUCAGCCGCAAUUCUCUGAUUCUACACAUAAAAGCACAAGUCAUAAAGUUAAAAUUAUAAGAAGAUGAUGAUUUCGAAGGGAAGUGACUGGAACAACAAGAAAGCCUUGUCGUUAUCUUAAAACAUAGCUAAUUCCCACCAUCUUCAUAUAAAUUUAUAUACCUUUCAACCACUUCUUUAAUUGACAUUCCUUUUUCGGUUUUAUAUUUGGUUGGGUUUAUCUUUAUAGUUAUUUGGAUUUGGAUUUAAGCCAUGGCUAUAGAGGAGGGUGGUGUAAAUUGAAAACCCCUCGGCGCCGUCUCCUCCAACGUCGGUGGAGUUUAAAGGGACGAAUUUUGGUUCUCUGCUUCACAUCGUGGUAGCGCUGGUCCUAUUGCUUGGCUCAAUCCAUUUCAACUUCAUAAUUAUUCUUGCUUCCGUUGUCUUUCUUCUUUUCUCUAAAGCUUCCGCAGUGAUAGGAAUAUUGCUUGUACUUAUACUGAUUCCAAUUGAUGAGAAAAAUAAAUGGGGCCGAAGAUUAUCAAGUUUGAUUGAGGUUGAUUUGGGUUUCGAGUUUUUCGGUGCCGAUUCCAGUUUUCAUCCGCGGCCCGUUACAUUUUCGAGUUCUCCGUGAAACAAUCAAACUUCAGAUAUUUAGAGAAGGGUGGUUGGUUUGUGGUUCUUAAGUAACUCAUACAUGCAACACAAGGUCAAAGAGCAAGGUAGCCAUGGAUAGCAAAGACUGGGGCACAAGAGUUGUUGACCCGUCGAGGGAGUUUGUGGAGUCGGAGUCUGAAUUGAAAGAGGAGGUCCAAAGGGUGAAACAACAGAUGGCAGAAAUGUAUCAGUCUUGGAUCAGGGGGCAUCCUCCAUCUUCAUUCCCCACUAACUACAUUGAAAACCCUGCAACUAUCCCAUCACUAUCACAAGUCAUGGUUCCCACUACUAUUGAUAUCUCCCCACUACCUUUUCACACUCCACUCCUCAAAAGCACAUUAUAUCCCGCUCCUUUGGCCAUUCAUGCUCUUGUAGCUCCUCCUCCAGCUAUUUUUCCUCGAUCCUCUAAUGAGACUGUGUUCAAAGUCCCCGAUGCCCAACACUGUGCUCCAGAACUAACUUUCAAAGUCUCGGAUCCAUAUUCUCACAUUCCUCAUUUUGAGCCUCCUGGUGAAACUGAAAAGCCUGCUAAGAUAGUGGAACAAGAUGAGAUAUCCAGGAAGGUAAAAAUCUUAGAGUAGUCUUUAAGAAACAUGCAAGGGAUAGGGAGCCAGAUGAG